CUGCGGCUCACAUUCCUGAGGACGGCUGUCUGCUCCUAUCCCGAGCUUUUCAUUCCCAACAAACCUGAAGAAACUGUCUGGAAGCCACCCGGACCCUCACUCUCCCGACUUUAGAUAACUUUUUUUCUACACUUGAACCACUUUUUUACUUUCCAAAAGACUUUGGCCUCGGACGGACUUGUAUUUUUUUUUUUUUACUCAUAAAUCAACUGCUCGUUGCAAUACUUAAAGUAGACCAAGUGUAGCAUUUAUAUAGAUUUAUAUAUUUUUUGCACAGCCCCCAAAAUAGUCCUAGUUGUAGUUUUUCCAUUAAGUCUUAAGUAACCCAAGAGCGAAACAAUGGCAGGUAUGAACUCCCUGGAUGCUGUGAAGAGGAAGAUCCAGUGUUUGCAGCAGCAGGCCGACGACGCCGAGGACCGGGCUCAGGUCCUGCAGAGAGAGCUGGACGGGGAGCGGGAGCUGCGGGAGAAAGCCGAGGGAGAUGUAGCAGCUCUGAACCGUAGGAUCCAGCUGGUGGAGGAAGAGUUGGACCGUGCCCAGGAAAGGCUGGCCACGGCGCUGCAGAAGCUGGAGGAGGCAGAGAAGGCUGCAGACGAGAGUGAGAGAGGGAUGAAGGUGAUUGAGAACAGAGCGAUGAAGGACGAGGAGAAGAUGGAGAUUCAGGAGAUGCAGCUGAAAGAGGCCAAACACAUUGCAGAGGAGGCCGACCGUAAAUAUGAGGAGGUGGCCCGUAAGCUGGUGAUCUUGGAGGGCGACCUGGAAAGAGCUGAGGAGAGAGCGGAGGUCUCAGAAUGUAAAGCCAGUGACCUCGAGGAGGAGCUGAAAAAUGUGACCAACAACCUGAAGUCCUUAGAAGCCCAGUCUGAGAAGUACUCGGAAAAGGAGGACAAAUACGAGGAGGAAAUCAAAGUUCUCACUGACAAACUGAAGGAGGCUGAAACCCGUGCAGAGUUUGCAGAGAGAACAGUGGCCAAACUGGAAAAGAGCAUUGAUGACCUGGAAGAUAAAUUAUCACAUGCCAAAGAGGAGAACCUGGGUAUGCACAAAGUCUUGGACCAGACCCUGCAGGAACUGAACAGCUUAUAAACAGAGAGAGGAAGUAGAAGAGGAUGAGAUUCGUUGUUAACAUUCCAUUAAACAUUCGACUCCAUUCCGUAUUUUGAGCUGUAAAAUCUUUACUCCCCACAUAAAGGGGGAUUAACUUAAUGCUUGUCCCUUGAUGAUUUUUUUUUUUUUUUUUUUUUUUUUAAAGUCACAAAACUUUUUUUUUUAUUAUUUGGAUGGGAAAUUAUUUUGAACCCAUUGCCCCCCCCCCUUUUUUCACAUCUCCAGCUAGGAUUGCAGAAAUUCUUCCAAGAAGUUUAUUUUUGGCCACAUAUUUAGAGAGAACCAACAAUAAAUUGGCCCUGAAAGCCUGAGAUUUGUUCUUUGAACCACUGUAACUGGCUAAUUUUCACAUACUACAUGCACAUACGUUGCUCUGUCUGAUCAUUUUCAUACAUGGCCUUCAAGUGGUGUUGGGUUUGGCUCAAUCUGCAUCAAUGUGGCUCCGAAGUUCCUCCUAGUGGCCAUAUGAAACAACUGUUUUAAUGUCAUUACACCACUUAAAAAGAAUUUGAUCAGUCAGUCAUGGCUUUAUCAUCCUAAAUCUGUUUGUUUAAAUUGAAUAGUGGUGAAAUGAUUAGAUGUCCUGAUGGAAAGGUUUCAUUUAAAAAUACACCACUAAGGCACGUGCUGCUUAUGUGCAUUAGACUUUUUUUUUCACUUAACUACAAAGUAAUGCCUCCUCAGCGCCACUUUAUUUUCUACCUGAGCUUGUCGAGGUGAACAUUUCUAGUGCGUCAGAUUUUCUCUAUAAUUUUAGCUGUGGAAGUCUGCAGAACAUCAGAGUUGUGCGUGUGCACUUUGUGCUGCCUUUCCUUCAGCUUUCCCUGACCACUGAUGCCCAUCAUUUAGCCAAUAUUGACAUUGUUUUAAAACAGAUGAGCGAGCCUAUCCCUAAACCACUGGAAGUUUAGUCAAGUCUUACAUUCCUGGAUUCUCAUUGUGUAUAUAGUAGAAUAAUGUUAGGUAUUUGAGAAGUCGCGUUGCUUGGAGUUUUCUUCUUUCUUUUUUUUUCUCCCCCCCCCCUAUUUUCACCACCUCCUUUUGUCAGGGGAGCUCUCAAAACCAAAGAAACAGACAAUUCGUCAAAUGUUUUAUUUCCGUUGGUGAUGGUCAUCGUGGUCUCAGCUCAUGUCUCUCAUUUGACAAAGACCAUUUUGAAAUUCCAUUCACCACCCCCUCCAUGUCAACCUAAUAAAAUGUUUUACAGAA